GCAAUGACAGCAGGAAAUCAUUCCAUAGUGACGGAGUUCCUCCUGGCUGGGCUCACAGAACAGCCAGAGCUGCAGCUGCCCCUCUUCCUCCUCUUCCUGGGAAUCUACGUGGUCACUGUUGUCAGUAACCUGGGCAUGAUCAUGCUGAUUGGGCUCAGUUCUCACCUGCACACCCCCAUGUACUAUUUCCUCAGCAGUUUGUCCUUCAUUGAUCUCUGCCAAUCCACGGUCAUUACCCCCAAAAUGUUGGUCAACUUUGUGACAGAGAAGAACACCAUCUCCUACCCUGGAUGCAUGGCUCAGCUCUACUUCUUCCUUGUUUUUGCUAUCGCGGAGUGUCAUAUGUUGGCUGCGAUGGCGUAUGACCGUUAUGUUGCCAUCAGUAGUCCGUUGCUUUACAAUGUUGUCAUGUCCUGUGAAGUCUGUGCCUGGUUGGUUGCUGGGGUGUAUAUCAUGAGUUUGAUUGGUGCCACAGCACAUACAGCUUGCAUGUUAAGAGUGCUAUUCUGUAAGGCUGAUGUCAUCAAUCACUACUUCUGUGAUCUUUUCCCACUGCUGAGACUAUCCUGUUCUAGCACUUAUGUUAAUGAGAUGGUGGUUUUGUGCUUCAGUGCAUUCAACAUCCUUGUCCCAAUCCUGACCAUCCUCGGCUCCUAUGUAUUUAUCAUUGGCAGCAUCCUUGGUAUCCGCUCCACUGAGGGUAGGUCCAAAGCCUUCAGCACUUGCAGCUCCCACUUUUUAGCUGUUGGUGUAUUCUUUGGUUCUCUAGCAUUUAUGUACCUACAGCCAUCAUCUGUCAAGUCCCUGGACCAAGGCAAAGUGUCCUCUGUGUUUUAUACCAUCAUUGUGCCCAUGCUGAAUCCACUUAUCUACAGCCUGAGGAAUAAAGAUGUCAUGGUUGCCCUAAGUAAGUUACUUGAAAGAAGUUUUCUGCAAAAAUGA